UGAAGAGCUGCUGGAUCUUGACGCCCAGCAGGACGUGACGGCUGCGCGGUUCUCCGACCGCCGCUGGCCCCCUCCAGGUGGAGUCCCGCGGGCGGAGUGCCACCGCUUUCGGGCAGACCUGGGGGCGGCCGACCUGGCGGCUCGCGAGGCCGAGGCCGUGGCUCCCGCGAACGAGAUCUACGUCGCGCAGGGGAGGGCCAACGGCCGCCCCGCGGUGCCGCCCCCAGGGGGAGCCCUGAGGCUGCUGGCGGAGAUCCUGGCCGAAGGUGCCGCCGCCCUCGCGGGGCCGCCGCCAGUGAGGGAGGCCGAGGAGGCUGGCGCUGCUGCCCCAUUGGGGGCCGACGCUCGCAUCCUGCACCUGCAGAUGAUCGGGUCACCCGAGGGCUCACCCGCCGCAGGCGGGCCGUCAGAUCAUUAUCAGUUCUUCAAGCAGGUGCACGAUCUCACGAAGACCGACCGGGGCGUCGACGCCCAUGGAGUGAUCUUGAGGAUGUUAGAGAAAGCGGGGUGCUACGACGGCCUCGACGCGACGAAUGUUGCUGCCCUCGAGGUCGCGAUGCGCCAUGCCCAGCUCGCGGAGCACGUCUAUGCCCAGGACGCCGCGGGCAGCGGCAAGGGCAAGAGCAAGCAGAGCAAUGGCGGGGGGCUCCAGGAUCGGAUCGGGCUGGUGGACGAGGCCUCCGUGUUCCUGGGCGCCCACCGCGACACGGGCGAGGCGAUGAUCGCCCCCGACUUCCUCGACUACGCGGCGAAGGAGGUGGAGAGGGAUGCAUCGGUGACGAAGCAGGCCGAGCGCGUGCUCCAGGUCCGCAAGGCCUGGUCGCAGCUCGGUCCGCCGCCGCCCGACAUGGAGCCUGCGGGAGCCUUGGAUGACCUCCGAGGUUCGCGGCGACACGAUUGGGAGCCGUCAGUCGUCGCCCCGUUCGACGUGCACAACCUCUCACUCCCACCCGUUGGUUUCGAGCCCGUUGACUUGGAAUUCGCUGGGGGCGCGGUGGGCAGAUUCAUCGUCGACCGUCUGAGAGAGAAGCUCUUGCCAAGAGGGCAAGCGGAGAUCAAGAAGGUGGAGGCGGGCGUCAGUCGUCCGCAUUGGGAUCCUGCGCUUCGCCAGCGGCCGCGCGCCUACGCCGCCUCCCUCCGGCGGGCCGAGGCGGCGGGGCCCAUCGAGCGCCGACGCUCGGCGGAGACGGAGGCGGGCGCGCCCUCGGCCUGGAAGAAGUCGGGGGAGCAGAGAGUGAUUAUAGAUGCUGGGAUCGCGAACUGCGCCUUCGACGAGCCCGACUCCGCGGGGCUCGCCACGGGGCAGGUCGCCCUCUACGCGACGCUGCUGCCCCGUGACCUCAGCGCGCACUUCGGCCUCGCCCCCGUUCGCGCUGGCACGGUGAACGCGACCUGCGUCGAGGGCGAGGCCGCGAGCGCGCAGGAUCACAUCGUGCCCUGGCUGAACGCGCUGACGAUGGGCUGGACGCAGGCCGUCUGGGCGCGCCAGACGCUACACGAGGCCGUCAUCGACCGCUCGACGAAGAUGGGAGAUGAAGAUCGGCUUCGGGGCUCCGCGCCCCCGCCCUCGCUCGCCCCAGGCCUGCACACGGAGCACGUGGACAACUUCGUCGCGCUGAGCCAGGACGCGGAGGAGGUGAAGGACCGCGCCCUGUCCGCCACCCAGGCGCUGCAGGAUGCCGGGCUGCCCACGCACCCUCCGAGCUGGGGCGCGGGGGGCGAGAGGCUGGGCUGGCACUUCUCCGAGCUCGAGGCCGCCGUGGAGGUGGCCCCUCGGUCCGCCUGGCGCCUCCGAAUGGGCCUGCUGGCCCUAGCCGACAGGAGGUUCGUCAGCGGUCGGGAGCUGUCGAGCGUGCUCGGCCACUACACUUUUCGAGCCCUGCUUCGCAGGGAGCUCCUCAGCGCCCUCUCGGCGAGCUACGCGCACGUCGAGGUUUCCGGGGAGAGGUCAGGCCACCUCUGUGACAGCGCGCGGCAGGAGCUGCGCCUGGCAGCCGCGCUGGUGCCAUUGGCCCGACGGCAUCUGGGAGCCCGCUGGGACCCGCGGCCCACUGCGUUCGACGCCUCCGCGUGGGGCAGAGGCGUCAUGCAGAAGCACGCGCCGGAGGAUUGGCUGGCGAAGGCCUCGGUGUUCAACGAGCGGCGGCGCUUCACGCGCUCCGAGGAGAGCGCAAUCACUGCCCGCGGAAAUCUGGAAGUCCCAGAUCUCGGCAUGGGCCCCGUGAUACGGCAGCGGGCCGCACUCUGUUUGAUCGGCCCCGUGUCUGUCUACCUACCUUCGAUGGGUGCCUUCCGAAAGGAACGCGGCCGAGCUCCAGUGGCGGGCCGCUGCGAAGUGCUGAGGCCGCCCGCGGGCCUGCCGGGCGCGAUGCUGCCGCGGCCGCUCGGCGCCACGAAGACGGCCCUGGGCAAGUUGACGAAGCCCUCGAGCCAGACCGCCCUGUCGACGGUGUCGCUGCUGAGUCGGCCGACCUCGCCGAUCGCCAGGGCGACGAGGCACCGCCCGCUGGGCCGGGGGGCCGGGUCGGCCGAGCUGGAGCCGAAUGCGCUGGAGCUGAGGAAGAGGCGGAGGCUGGAGAGGCACGGCAGCCAGAGGACGGACGCCGACGGCCCGAUGAGCUUCCUGGAGCGCCGCACCGCGCGGACGCGCACGGAGGCCAACUAUCGCAACCGAGCGGCCGCCUUCGAGCGUUGGGCCCGGGCGCCCAGGAUGCCGCUGGAGCCCGUGACCGCGCUCGACGCCGCCGUGGUGGCUUGGAUGAACGAGCAGUUCUUCGAGGGCACCGGGUUGGCGAGCGGCAGCUACCUCCUGGCGGCCCUGGGGCAUCUGCGGCCGGGGCUGGCUCGCGGGGCGCCCGAGCUGGUUCGGAGCCACGCUGCCAAGAGAGGGUGGCGGCUGCUGGCUCCGACCAAGUCUCGGUUGCCGAUCCCGCUCCCUGUGGCUGCCCUCAUGGCCAUCGCGCUGGCGCUCGAGGGAAAGCUGCAGAUGGCGUCGGCGGUGAUGGCGGCCUUAGCGUUCAUCCUCAGGCCAGCCGAGGUGAUGCGCAUCCGAGUCCAGGGUGCGAGCUCAAGGACGGGAGCGCACGACGAGUCGCUGGUGCUCGACAACCCCGAGUUCGCCUGGCUGGGAAACGUGCUGGACCUCCUCUGGCGGGAGGCCAAGGGGGACUACCUGUUCGGGUUCAACUACGCCGCGCUCACCGUUUUCAGGGGCGCAGCCGGGCUGAAGCAGCGGCGGCGCUGGAGCAGCGACACGUGCGCCCACAGGCACGCCAAGGGGGGCCGAGUCAACCAGGUGCUGGCCUCCCUCAGCGCAGCCAUGCGGAGGCACGGCGCCGACUGCGAAGCCAGACUUGCUGGCGGAGACACCCUCGGCCGACAAGCGUUGCCCAUUUACGAGAUCGACAUCCGCCAUCACCUGUCGCAUGACCUCACUGCGCGCAAGGGCCAGCGGAUCAUCCGAGGUCUCAUCCAGCGCGGCUUGGCGCGGGCCAUCUGGCUCGGGGUGCCCUGCAACACUUUCUCGCGGGCUCGAGAGUCUG